AUGGCGUAUCCGGAGAUGCGCGUGCCCAGGAUUGAUUUGUCCUCGCCACAGGAAGCCAGGCACUCCAUUGCGGUGGUCAUGUCUCACCUCAACGCCUUGGAUUUGUUCCUGGAGAACAUCUGCAGAGGCCACUGGCAGUGGGGAAACAACUGGCAAGAACGGAAGGGCCCCGUUCACGUUGAAAUUUUCGCCGCUAUGGCCGCCAUGCCUGCGACCGGCAUGCGCCGCUUCUGUGUGGCAGUGGUGGUGUGUCUGGGGGUCGGUAUGGUGCACCGUGGCCUUUUGACCUUCUGCCCGGGCCAGAGCCCACCGGGCGCCGGCCAAGCACCACAGACCAGGGGAGGGCUGAUGAUGAGACAUGCGGAAGGAACCACCAUGGAGAAACCCAGCAGAACUGGGAGCCAGUGGCGUCUGAAUGUGGGCCGCGCCCUGGAUGUCUUGCGCCGGGAUGUGGCCGGUCUCUUUAGCCGCAGGAACUACACACCGGAUUUCUCCAUCUACAGCCCGGAGAUUGAGGUCACCGAUGCGCGACUGCCCAGCUUCAAAAUCAAGGGCCUGGCGAGUUAUCAGCAGGUCUUGUCCACCUUGCAGUGGUCUUUGAGGACCACCUGUCACAGUAGCAAGCUGGAGAUCACCUCGAUCACUCCACCGGUGAACAAUGACAUGUACCUUCGCUGGCGCCUGAAGUUGUGGUUCAAGGAUGUGCGCUCUUGGUUUGGCAUUGGGCAAACCCUGGGCGCUAGCGCCGAGAUUCCCUUCAUCGUUGAGGGCUACUCGAAGUACACCUUUGAUCCCUGGUCUGCGGAGAUAGUGAAGCACACCAUUGACAUCACGAAUCCUCCCAUGUAUUUAUCGGAUUUGAUGGCGUCCUAUGCUGCUCCCUCUUGGCUCACCGUGAGUCAGCCGAUGCCCGGUUUGAGCGCCUGGCCCUUCGCCGCCGCCGCCGCCAGCGGCGGCGCUUUCGUCGGUGGCACCGCUGGCGCCGCGGCGCGGCGCGAGGGCUCCGGCUCCGGGGCCACGGGGGCCACGGGGGCCACGGGGGCCACGGCCAGGGCUGCGGGGUUUUCCUUUGGACUGCCUCAAGGCUGUGAAGAUGACUUCGAGUGCAACGAUGGCAAGGCCAACUUCCCACUGCAGUGCUGCGAGAUGCCGCUGCUGGGGAAGUUCUGCUGCGAGCCGCCGGACUUCUCGGAGGGCGGCGUACGCAAUGAGAUGCCCGCCUACGUGCCGUUGCCCGUGCCGGUGGAUCCCCUGCAAGACCAGUAAGUGAUGUGGAUGAGUUGAGUAGAUAGGCUGAGUUUGAGUUGAGAGGUGGGGAGGGAGUUUGGGACUGGCUCGAAAAAUGUGGACUUUCGUAAAGAUCGCAGAGCUGGG